AUGAACCUUUGCAACCACGCACCCUUCGUGCUCAUUCACGACCACCCGGCAUUUGACAGCUCGCGCACCCUCAAUUCACCUUGCUCACGCAUCACGUAUCAUUCCACUCCCGUUGGUGUAUCUCAUGCACGACCAUACCCGCGCCGUCGAUCGGUGCACCUCAGCACAUAUCUAAACCUCUAAUAAGCAACAUCCGUCGCAUCAGCAUCGUCCACAUCAUCACCAGCAUCACAACUCACUUACGUCUAUCACGUCGUUAUCUCGGUACACAUCCGUCAGUGCCAUGUCGGCUUGCCGCAUCUAUACCUCUUCCCCGCUUCUAUUCAGCUUGUCGAGUACAAGCUUAACCCUUUCGUUCGCUUUUUCGUUUAUCGAAAACAUUUGGUUUGAAUUAUUUUUAUCUACAGCUUGUGGUUCGAUUUUUGGGCGAGUUUCUUGAGUAUAUCUAAA